GACUCGACUUUGAGAAGCUCCCAUAAAUCAAAUCCCCAAUUUCUACAUAAACCCUAGAUUUUCGUGCCUAAAUAAUCACUGUCUAUCUUUAAUUUCAUCGAAAUUAAAAAAAAACCCUAAGUUUUGUAUGAUUAUUGAUCGCAAUUUGACUCGAUUAUUGAUCUCACUGAGAUGACGAAGAGUUCUCUCGGUGUUUUCGACUUCGACGAGGAAGACAACGCAGCUGAACUAAUCGCUGCCAAGUAUUCCGGCAAAAUCAUGGACUCCGAAGCUCAUCAAAAUUGUGCUGAGGGAAAAAGCAUGCAGUUUAAGGACCGUGGCAAUGUAGCACGUGUGGAUGUUGACGGUACCAAUAUAGACAACAACAGUGAGUGUGCUGCUUCAUCUGCCUUUAUGAAUGGAGAGGAUUGUGAUGUUAACAUGUCUGAUUUUGAUGCUAUGCCACUCACGGUUUCCUGUUUUGCUGAAGAGCUCCCUCAGUCGAGACCAAUUAAAGUCGAGCCUGAAAGUUCCUGUGGUCAAAUGGGAGGCAGUUCAGUAUCAGGAAUAGCUUUACCUGCAAAUACCAGAUUUAAAUGCCCUCGGGAUGUGUCAUCCAGCGACGAAUUCUCCGAUGCUGCUCCAGGUGCUGAUAGAAGCUUGAGUGAGACAUCUCCUUCAACUUCUUCCUAUAUUGGAGAUGAUGAUUAUGGUGAUGAUGAUGUUCCUGUUGAUGGGUCUGCAAACGACUGGCUUGGCUACAUGGAUACGUUUGACGGGGAGUUGGGCGUUGCAUGUUUACCAGAAUAUAUCUCGUAUCGUGAUAAACAUCUGACAGACUCUGUCAUGAUCUUUUCAAGCAGCCGGAUCACAGUUAGAAGUUCAAAACCUUAUGUAGAAGAAGAAAUCUUUGAAUUUCAGUUGGGAGUUGAUGAUAUCAUCAGUGUCGAGUCCCACUGGUGUGAAAGGUUUGAGAUGGGAAUGGUAAAGAUUCACAUAAUUUCAAAAGGUUCAGUUUUUGCUGGAGAUCUAAACGCCACUUCAGGUGUUGAGGAGUUGAAGUUUUCAAUUGUUGGAGACUGGUGUGGAAGACAGAAUGCAAUCAUUUCUAUGGAUGUUUACAAGCCUUUGUGGAAAACUGUGCUCAACUCUGAACUAAAUUGCAACAGUGAACUUGGGGACAAUGGUGAAGUGUUCUCGGAUCGUUAUUUUCCCAAUUUUGAUAAGGCUUUUGAAGACCUUAUCUAUCCUAAAGGGGAUCCAGAUGCUGUUUCAAUCAGUAAGAGGGACAUUGAUCUUCUACAGCCGGACACGUUUGUUAACGACACUAUUAUUGACUUCUAUAUCAAAUACCUGAAGAACAAAAUUGAACCCUGUGAGAGACACAGGUUCCAUUUUUUUAAUAGUUUUUUCUUCCGGAAACUGGCUGACCUUGACAAGAACCCAUCCAGUGCUGUGGAAGGCAGAGCUGCAUUUCAGCGAGUUCGGAAAUGGACUAGAAAAAUUAAUUUAUUUGAAAAGGAUUAUCUUUUCGUUCCAGUUAAUUUCAAUUACCACUGGAGUCUCAUUGUAAUAUGUUACCCUGGUGAAGCAGCUGAAUCCCUAGAUCCUGAUCCACACAAGGCCCUUAGAGUACCAUGUAUAUUGCAUAUGGAUUCUAUCAGAGGAAGUCAUUCUGGUCUGAAAAGUCUUCUUCAGAGUUACCUGUGUGAGGAAUGGAAGGAAAGGCAAAAGGAUUCGUCGGAAGAUAUCUCCUCUAGAUUUUUGAAUUUGAGAUUCCUGUCACUAGAGCUUCCGCAGCAGCAAAAUUCAUAUGAUUGUGGGCUUUUCUUGCUUCACUAUGCAGAGCUCUUUCUUGAAGGAGUUCCUGUUAAUUUCAACCCUUUCCAACUAACAAAAUUCUCCAACUUUCUUACCGCAAAUUGGUUUGUGCCUUAUGAGGCAUCCCUGAAGCGGGCCUUUAUCCAGAGAAUGAUCUAUGAUCUUCUAGAUAACGGGUGUUCACAUGGAACUUCUUAUGGUGCUGGAAGUAGGAAGGAAUUCACCUCAAACUGUUUGCCAUCCUCAUUCGAAAAUGGAACUACUAAUGGGUUUAUUGCAGCUAGAUGUAGUCCUUCAAAAGCUUUCUACAAUAAUGCCAUGGGUUCUCAAACUGGGCAGGAACUUGAGUUGACGUUAUUACCAUCCGUUGUGAAAAGUCCUGGUUGUAAUAGAGAUUCAGGUUUGGUUGACGCAGAUCCUAUGGAGUCAGGUGAUGCUGUAGGGUCGAUUUAUCAAUCUCUAGAGCAGGCAGAAAACUCAGCACCUCUGAAUAAAUUUAAGAAUGCUAUGCUGCAAAUAGAGGGAGAGAAAGAGGCGGAUGGGUUUUGUGGCUCCACUGCUGCAGCAGAAACUGGUCUUGAAAGGUUUGUUGCUACCACAUAUCAAGAAUCUAAUCCGUUCUCAUCUACAGAAUUCAAAGGAGAGCCAUCAUGGAACUUAAGAGCGUCUGUUCAUCAGAUAGUGCCUGAUGAAGUUAAGUCAUCACUAGAGAAAUCUGUCUGUGUCACUGAUGAAGCAUUAGAUGUAGAGAUGGUGAAUCAUGAUCUCGAAGGGACAAAUCUGAAUUUCGAAGUGAACGUAGAUCAAUCCAGGCCACCAGAGGAUGACGAAGAGUGCGUAAUGGUUCCCGUUACCUCUGUCCCCAGUAGGAUACUUGAAAAUUUUUAUAACAGUCCUGAUCAUAUUCACUACCAUGAAAGUGAGGAUGUGAAUUUGGUCACAACCUUCCCAGAAAGUAUGCUUGGAUCAUCUGCCCCAGAUUUUGAUGCUGGAGAGGAAGGGAUCAUGACGCGCUCACAAUCAUUCACUGAUGCAGAGUUAGUAACUAACGCGCUUCAAGGUGUUGUAGACCAUGGUCUAGAAGGGACAAAUCCGAAUUUUGAAGUAAACGUAGUUCAAUCGAGGCCAACAGAGGAUAAGGAUCUUUGCCUUCGCUCUACCCCCGGGAGGAUACCUGACAUUGAAGGUGCGGAAUUGGUCAUAAACUGCCCACAAAAUUUACUUGGAUCAUCUGCCCAAGAUUCUGAUGCAGGAGAGGAUGUCGAGAUGUGCAAAGGUUCACAAUCAUUUCCUGAUACAGAUUUUGCAACAAAUAAGCUUCACGAGGCUAAGAGAAGGAAGCUUAUAUCUCUCGAAGGACGGCUGCCAGAAAAUUUGGCAGGGGACCUGCAUCUGUAGUUCAACAUCUUUGGGGCAGUUUCUCGUAAUUGUAGUUAUUGGCCAUGGAAUAUUUAGUGUGAAUACUAUUAACUUGUUUGGUUGUCUAAGGUCAUAUAGGGCUAGUAGUAAUGGAUUUUUCCUUUUGGGUGGCAGGUCAGUUCAUGACUGCAUGUUGGCAACAUUGCACUUGCAUAUGUUUUCUGGCUUUUUCCCAGUAGGAUUAUAAAUAUUUCAAGAAUAUGGUAAUCUAUUGGUUGGAUUAUAGUA